AUGCCAGGGCAGUACACCCCCUCCCCACCGCCGUCGACCCAACCGCUCGAUCCUCACACCUGGGAACCGCUCAAGCCGACUGCACCGGUCCCGGAAUCGUCGUGGCAGCGCUUUAUCAAGAAAUUCAAGGAGGAACCUCUUGUACCCGUUGGUCAGUGGUGGUGUGGUCAACUUGGGGGUGUGCUCUCAAGCUGACGGAGCUCUCUCUCUCUGUCGGUCCUACCCCUGAUUCCUGAUUCCCUGCUGUGCUCCUGACGACUCGUUUUCUCGGCACGAUCGACGGCGUGACGCCCAAAGGCAUCUUUGCAACCGUCAUCGCACUGGGUGGAGCGACCUCGGCGUUGCAAAAGGGGAAUCGAACCCAGUUCAACAAGUGGUUACGGUAUCGCGUCGCAGCCCAAGGCUUGACCGUCGUCGCUGCUCUCGGUUGGUUCUCAAAGUCUCUCCAGAGGACAACGUUCCGCGCGACUUCAUGAUCUGAUCAUCGGUAUGCUUCUCAUCGAACAGGUGGCUCCGUCUACUACCAACGAGAACGAAGGCUCAAGAAGGAAGCCGAGCGAGUCGCACAGAUCGAGGCGCAGAGGCUCGUCUAA